AUGAAGAUGUCUUCGCUCCUUAAAUUCUCCCCCUCACCCUCCUCCUCCUCCUCCUCGACAAAGCGAAAGAUCUGUCCGAUCUGUGACAGAACAUUCGCCAACGGGAAAGCCAUGGGAGGUCAUAUGAGAGCUCACUUGGCCAAGCUUCCCCUCCCUACUAAACCUCAGCCCGAAUCCGCUCCGGCCCGCGAGAAAUCACCCGUGAAAACGAGGUCGAAUUCUGUAACCUCGAAGCCGGGUUCUUCGUCCGGUUAUUGUUUGACGGAUAAAGAAGUUGCUCUAUGCCUUUUGAAGCUUACGAACGAUGUAUGGCCCAAUGGAGUGAGACCCGUGAUCCGAUUUCCAUUGACUAGAGGGUGCAAAAGACGAGGAGAACUCAAAUCCUCCGACCUAGUGGACGAGGCCCAGGACAAGGAAGAAGACGAAGAGGAAGAGGAAGAGGAAGAAGAUGACGACGCGUCGUUUUCAGUGACUAGGACAACGAGAAGCAUGAAGAAAUCGAGGGGUAAGUACAAGUGCGUGGCCUGCCCGAGAGUGUUCCGGUCGUCUCGGUCACUAGGCGGUCACCGGGCGAGUCACGAGAACAAGAGGGCGAAGAUGACGUCACUGGACACGAGUUCUUCCGAGGAACUCGAAGUGGAUCGGACGGUCGGAAUCCGGAGGGUUUUCGAGUGUCCGUGUUGCGACAAAGUGUUCCGAUCUGCUCAGGCACUCGGCGGCCAUAAGAAGGUUCAUCUUUCGUAUCUCGAGACCGGAACCACUUCCAAGCCGACCGGUCGAAAUGGUCCGAGGGCUUCGAAGAACCAUGCCGUGAAAAAUGCUGCCUUUGAUCUUAAUUUGCCUGCUCCUUUGGAGUAUUAA